CACUUUAUUCUAUGGUCAAUAAACGGAGGAUGGAGAUCGUGCUUUGUGGUUUCCCUUUAUAUCGUCUGGUGCUGCUAUUUAAUCUUACGAUUCACUUCCUGGGACUACAUCUAAAGCCACAUAUUCUUAAGCUCUAUCGAUUACGUUUCAAUUGCAAUGACCCUGUCAAGUACAAUAGAUGCACUCGUCAUCGGCGCCAGCUGGGCCGGAAUCUGGAGCCUCCACCUGCUAAAACGGCGCGGGCUGAAUGCACUCCUUAUCGACGCCUGCGAGGACGUCGGCGGCACAUGGUGCUAUACCCGCUACCCAGGGUGUCGCGUGGAUACCGAGAUCCCGCUGUACGAGUUCGCCGAUCCGGAUAUAUGGCGGAACUGGAGCUGGUCACAGCGGUUUCCGGAGCAAAAGGAGAUCCAGGCGUAUCUUGCUUGGGUGACGGAUCGGUUGGAGCUGAGGGGGGAUAUGGUUCUUGGGACGAGGGUUCAGAGGGCGCAGUGGGAUGAUGGCGAGAGUAUCUGGAUCGUGUCUGUUUCUGGUGAGCGUGUCUACCGGACAAGAUAUCUCAUUUUGUGUACGGGGUAUUCGACCGUUCCGUAUAUCCCACAGUUCAAAGGGGCGGAGCUCUUCCAGAAUACAGUCCAUACAUCUGCAUGGCCUGACAAGACAGAAUGGAAGAAUAAACGCGUCGGUGUGAUUGGGAACGCAGCAAGUGGGCUGCAGAUAAUCGAAACUCUAGGUCCACAGGUGUCCCAGCUCACUGUCUUCCAGAAGACGCCGAAUCUUGCAACGCCCAUGCAGCAGAAGCAGUACUCCGCCGAACAAAUGGCGCAGAUGAAGCGCGACUUUUACCCUGAUAUGCCUCGGCAGCGCAACUCGGUGACUGGUUUCUUUGCAUCCCCGCAGCGUGCUACUUUCGAUGACAGUCCUGAGGCGAGGAAUGCCUUCUUCCAGUCUUUAUUUGACAGAGGAGGACUGGCGUUCUGGUUCGGCGGGUAUUCCGAUCUCCUCACGUCGCGAGAAGCCAAUAUGGAAGCAUACACUUUCUGGCGCGACAGCGUUCAUCAGCGUGUCUUGGACCCAGCCGUCGCAGAGAAGCUUGCCCCUGCAACACCACCGCAUGCCUUCGGUACGAAACGCCCAUCGCUCGAGACGUCGUAUUUCGAAACCUUCAACCUGCCGCACGUCGAGCUGGUCGACGUCAACGAGUGUCCGAUCCAGGAAAUCACCGCCCAGGGCGUGCGCACGACCAAGCUGCAUGAGUUUGACCUCCUGGUUUACGCCACUGGCUUCGACGCGUUGACUGGGAGCGCCCUGGCGAUUGACAUUGUAGGUGUGGAUGGAAUCAAACUCGAGGCCAAGUGGGACGUCAGGGCGAAUGGGAACGGGGUCUCGACGGCGCUGGGCUUGAUGACUGCAGGGUUUCCCAAUAUGUUCUUUCCAAUGGGCCCUCAGGCGCCGUCGGCGCUUGGACUCAGUCCGCAACUGGCUGAGAUCCAGGGUGACUGGAUUGCAGGUUGUAUUGGAUAUCUGCAGUCAAGGGGGCUGAGAAGGAUCGAAGCGACAGGAGAGGCAGAGGAAGAAUGGAAGCGAGAGGUCAUGGCUGCUGCAGAGCACACACUGUUUAGUGAGACCGACUCGUGGUAUAUGGGCGUCAACAUCCCCAAUCGCAGGAAGCAGCCUCUGUGCUAUUUUGGGGGGAUUGGCCGGUACAUCGAGUGCAUCCAGCGAGCAGCAGCAGCUGGCUAUCAGGGAUUCGCCAUCUCGUAGCGCCUGGCCAGUGAAGAGUUCGUGUGGGCCUUUUAACUAAAUUAGC